UAAAAGCUCCACCUUUUAGGAUAAACCAGAGGGGCAUCUGUACGUUGCUGCUGCUGCUGCUGCUGCGGGACAGACGGACAGGACGGGGGUGUGCGGGACUGAGCUCUGCCGCUGCGGGCUUUGGCUUUCAGGAUUUUUUUUUUUUUUCCGCCUCCCUUUUGACUAUGAUUUUCAUUUUCCAGCGCUCUGAGGUUGAUGCGGGGCUUAGUCCGAAAAGAGGGGACACGCACACAGACAGGUAGCUACUCGCGCGCGGUGUGUUUGCGGUCGCUUUCGUUAUGAGACUCUGAUGCGCGCGGAGAGAACAGGAUGCCCGUCAGCGGCGCCGACUCACUGAAAGCCGGCGCCUUCAUCCCGGUGUGCACGGCCGCCUUCCUUCUGGUCGGCUCCACCUCCCUGUUCCUCGUCUUCACAUGCCCGUGGCUGGCUGUAAACAUCUGCCCUGCUGUGCCGCCAUGCUGUGCCAUUGUCUUCCUUUUUGUGCUGGCCAACUUCACCAUGGCAACCUUCAUGGAUGCUGGUGUUCUCCCAAUGGCCAACGAGGACGAGGACAAGGAUGAUGAGUUCCGUGCUCCGCUGUAUAAGAAUGUGGAUGUGAAGGGCGUCCAGGUGCGGAUGAAGUGGUGUGCGUCGUGUCAUUUUUACAGGCCUCCGCGCUGCUCCCACUGCAGCGUUUGUGAUCACUGUGUGGAGGAUUUUGACCAUCACUGUCCCUGGGUGAACAACUGCAUCGGGAGGCGAAACUACCGCUACUUCUUCCUGUUUCUGUUGUCGCUGACGGUUCACAUGAUCGGCGUCUUCACCUUCGGACUCAUAUAUGUCCUGCACCACAAGGACGAAUUAUGGAAGCUGCACUGCACUGUCACUUUGGUAGUGAUCAGUAUAUCAGGGCUGUUUCUUCUCCCGGUCCUGGGUCUCACUGGUUUCCACUUUUACCUGGUGUCCAGAGGACGCACCACCAAUGAACAAGUAACUGGGAAGUUUCAAGGAGGUGUAAAUCCUUUCACGCGAGGUUGUUGCAACAACCUGGAGUAUCUGGUUUGCAGCCCAAUCUCUCCAAAGUACACAGCGAGGCCCCGUAAGAAAACAGUGAUCCACGUUCAGCCUCCGUUCCUUAGACCAGAGAUUGACAGGCAGAGGCAAAUGAAAGUCAGGGACAAUGGGAUACAGUGUCAGGAUCUCCAAAAUAAACGAACGUCAGCCGGAGCUGUCGAGCUGUCGGAUAUCAAACAAAUGAAAACUCCCCCACCGCUGCCACCAAAACCAGAUCACGGCCAGCUGAAAAGCCAACUGGCUGUCAUGGAUGAGAUGGGACACCACACCAAAACUAUCAUUCCUGUAUCCAUUCCCACUGUGCCACAGCUCCGGCCUGUCCUGGAUGCCAUAUCAAGAGGAUCGUCACCUAUUCCUCCAGAGCAGUUGCUGAAGACAUCAGAGCAGCAAGGGAACAACAAAGGCCCUGACGUCCGCUCUGACCCUAAACAAAGCCCUGGGAGAGGCAGCCUGCAGGCCAGCCUUCCUGUCCAGGCCAACACCAUCUCCAGCUCGCUGCAGCUCAACUCUCUGACACUCAACACCCGAUCUCUCACCCUCAAACACAGCAAUCGCCACGGUAGCAAAUCUCAGCUACCUGCCAUGCAUGGUGACGGUUUGGGGUCCAAUCCCUCACCGGGGACCAUCAGCUCUUCCUGCCUGCUGGCCAACCCCAGCAGCAGCAGCCUCACUUAUGAUAACCUCAUUAACCCUGCAGAGCCUCAGUUCCUGGCUCAGAGAGGGGCUCCUCCAGUCGGCUACCACUCUCACUUUUUGGCUAUGGGCAUAGAUGGGUCUGUGGUGCAGCGGCCCCCUUCUCACGGCUACAGUCCCGUGUUUAUGGGCGUCACCAGACAGUCUCCUCAGCAUCGGGACCCCUCACCUUCUCUGCAGGGCCGCACCUCAAGGGAGCCCUCACCUUCCUUCCAAGGUUUCACUCAAAGAGACCCUUGUCCGGGUUUUCAAGGGCUGAUGGCAAGAGACCUCACAUCCCAAAGCGUAACAUCACGAGACCUCAGCCCUCCAGGUCUGACGAUGCGGGAUAAGACCUCUCAAAGUCUACGAGACAGCCUUCGCGAUCUUGGCCCACAGGGUUUGACACCUCAGAAGUCUGCAGCUGUACGCUAUGACUUUUCAAAAACCAUCAUGGCAUCAAUCCACGAGAGACGAGAGGUGGAGGAGAGGGAUAGGAUGCUGCGUCUCCAAGCCAGAUCCCAGGCCCUGUAUGGCCCAGAUGUGGGGAUCUAUGACAUCCCCAGCAGGAGGAGUCUACCACCAGACAGCAUCCGACCUCUGGGCUCCCGUGGACCAACUCCUCCAGCCUACGGCUCAAGGGAGUUCCUGAUGAGUACAGGCAUCCUCGGUUAUGGCAUGAGGACCUCACCUCUCUCCAGCUCCUCCACGUCGUCUCUGACUCGAGGCCCGAAAACCUCCAGCUCUCCUCUGCAGAGCAGCAGCAGCAGCAGCCUGCAAAGCAAAGGCAGGUCUUCUUCUCCGGCUUACUGCCAUCCUGACAGACAGACUCAACCCCUCCCUUCCUCUACAGCCACUCUGCCUCGCUUACCCUCCUCCUCCAACUCCUCCGCCCUCUCGUACGCCUCCUAUGCCACCGCGAAACGAUCCUCGCUCCCAUACUCCUCUGAGGGGAAGGACUCAGUCACCCUGGGAGCCCUGAAAUAAUAUAAAAAUACUCAAUGUCUCUGAUGGUGUGAAUGAAUCAUCUAUGCAGUGUUAGUCUCAGUCUUCACAGCUCCAAAAUACUUUGUAAAUACGAGGCCAUAUGGGACUUUACUGUGUGGGAGGGAGAAUACACAGUAAUGGACGAACUUAGAAAUAUUCCUGAAAAUGUCAUGCAAGUUUGACAAAUCAGAAAAACGGUGAAUCUCAGGAUAGUCGUGCCUCCUCUUACAGACAGAGCGAGCUCUAUAAACUCAGUCAAAGCAGAAGAGCUAUGUGAAGAAUACAUAUUAACUUAUUAUCUGUUUGUAUGUGUUUUGAUAUUGCUUUUGUGACACGAUGUAAUUCCAUAUCAUUUAAUAUUUCCCCCGCUGCAAAAUACCCAUUUUAAUAGAAUUUUGUAGUUG